CGCUUGCGGUCGUAUGAUAGGGAUGUUACGUCAUUUUUCGUAGAAAUCUUUCGUGUUUUGCACACUACUUCGCGUAAUAUGUAGUACAUGACGAGAAAAGUUUUGUUGGUUUGGAUUUAAUUCCUAUGAAAGUAGAGAAAAAAUAACCAAUAAAUUUAAUAAACUAUACUUGUGUGACUUUUUACUAAGGUUCUGCUUCUAUAUAAAUAAUUCUAAAUUAUAAACUUCGUUCCAAGUAGAAUAUACCUAGUUGAGAUAAGUUAUAUUAUUUUUUGAAAAAAUUUUAGUGAAUGUGUGUGUGAGAUGGAUUGAGUUGCAGAUAUUUAUUUAUAUAGGCAUUAAAAAUGGCUGCAGUAAUGAUAAAAGAUCGUGGCCUCCGGAAGAAGUUGACUCAAGAAGGUAUUCCAGAAAAAACACCUAAAAAGCCUUGUAAACGCAAGGCAACCCCAGGCAGUUCAAAAGAUAAGAAAAAUGAACAAAACAACAACAAGAGACCAAAAAUACAAACCGGUGAUCCCAAACUGGACUUAUUUACGACGUACCAACCGUGGGUUAUUCAAACUUAUGGUGAUUUGGCGAAAACUAAGACGAUAACUUUGAAGAAGUACGCUCGGAUUCUGCGAACUCUGCGUGGCGAGGAAUGCAAUAGCUCAGACAGUUCGAAGUUUCGUUUUUGGGUGAAAGCCAAGGGUUUCCAUGUCGGGAAACCGCCUGGUUAUGAUGCUAAGCCGGCAGAUGGAAUAGUGUGCAGAUAUAGUGUGGUUGAUGCAGAGGGUUGCUCGAGGGGUCUUGAUGGCCAGGAGCUGUACAGUGGAUCUCAAAAUGACCCUCCCUUGUACAUUCCAACACCACCUGUAAAGAAUGCACAAAACCAAGAACCAGUGUACAGGAAAGUUGCGAUUGUGGAAAAUUUCUUCGAUAUAAUAUACACUGUUCAUGUGGAACUUGAAGGAAGGCCUGGAAAACAUGCGGGACAGAAACGAACUUAUAGAACGAUAACAGAGACGUACGCUUUCCUCCCUCGGGAAGCAGUCACGCGCUUCCUAACAGGAUGUGCCGAGUGCGCCCGGCGACCCAGGAGCGCCUCACCUCCCCCCCUGCCGACCCCAUCGCCCUCCCCAACCAGACAUCCAACCUACCUGCCGUUCCUACCACACUGCCCACCAGACUACGCAAGGAACUGGGAAUCAGAAAUAGACGCCGCACAAAACUAUUCAUUUGAACCAAAGUACGACUACACAGAUCUCCAACCUUUAAAGAAAGUCGAAAGCCCCAAGCAAACUGAAGCUGACGAGGAACCAACGUAUAUAGAACUGACGCCGAAGAGGGGCUAUGACGCAGCGACACUCUUUCACAGAAGCCCAUCUGUCGAACCUUUCAGAGAAGCGGAGCCCAGCAGAACUGAUCCAGAAAUUGAUAAGGACGACAGCUUGAUUGACGUUGAGGAUGUUAAACCUGAAAGUCCACAUCAGAAAGAAGAAGAACUGAAAGAAAAAGAAGACUCUUCGAACGAUAGUACCAGGCAACCAGAAAGUGAAGGAGAUAAAGUAGAAGUUAAGAAGUAUAAUCCGUUAGACGUUGCGAAUUUGACGUCGAGAGAUCCUCCGAGUAGUUAUAAGUCGUCUCCGCCCAGAAAGAAGUUGUUACCUUCAAGUUCUGAUCAACCGAAUACAUAUGGAAGGCUGUCGAAGCCCUGGAGACCAGACGUGGGGGCGUACUACAGCGAUGAUGUUGACUAUACUGUUCCAAUCACAACAGCGUAUCUGAAGCAUAUGAAGACUAUGGCGUAUCAAGAACGUUUAGCGAUCGAUGACAAGGAUAACAUGACACCGGAGCCGAUGGGUGAUUUGAACGAUGAUGACAACUUUACUGGUCAUGGCUUCGCGAAAGACGCUGAGAAGUUGAAAAUGAUGUUGCUAGCAUGGAAUUGCCAGAAUCAAACUCAAGGUCGUAACGGAGAUAUAUCUGAGACUGGAGCGGACAGCAGUAUGGCUGAUCUCUGGGCGUCAUACCACAGUGCUCUGGGCUUGGGCAGCAAACCACCGAAGCCUCCAACCCCACUCGCCACUGGACACUCGAGCCCAAUACAUGUCGGGGCAGCAACUCCUUUGGAGCCUGCUUCAACUCAUGAUGAGACCUCAUCAUCAGAUCGAACGAAAGAUGAUGACGACGGUGGAGUCUCUGAUGAUGACAGCGAUGAUCGAGUUGAUCCACAGCAUCAUGACCCGGAGCGAUUAAAGGCCUUUAAUAUGUUCGUGAGACUUUUCGUCGACGAGAACUUGGAUAGGAUAGUUCCGAUAUCUAAACAACCCAAAGAGAAAAUCCAAGCUAUCAUAGACUCGUGCACCCGACAGUUUCCGGAGUUUGCCGAACGUGCCCGAAAGCGGAUUAGAACUUAUUUGAAGAGUUGCAGACGCAAUAAGAAAGUGCGUGGCGAUGGACCAUCAGCCGGCAACGGGGGCUCUACACCCUCAGGCAAUGCUUGGGACACAGCGGUCCGACCGACUCCCGCGCACUUAACGUCAGUACAGGCUGAACAUAUCUUGGCGCAGGCGUGUGAGAACGAGAGCCUCAACGCCAAGAGGAUGCGGUUGGGACUCGACCCAGUCAGCCAGCCCAUGCCGACCGUGCCCACGCCUAUGGCCAUAGACACAACAGCAACGUCAUCGUUCCUGAACUUGUACAGCGCGGCAAUAAGUAGCCCAGCAACGGCAACGAGCAACACGGCAACGGGUGGCCACAACAAGAUGGCGGCCGACACUACAAGGCCGUCCAACAACAGUCCCACUGUCGAACCACUGCUUAACAACAAUAAUCUGAAACUGGACAACGCUAAUGGCAACACGGGGAGUAAGGCAGCCAGUCCAGCAUCAUCGCCGGCGCCGCUGUUUCGACCAUCAUUCCCAUCAACAUUCGGUAACCCGCCAACAUUUGGAAGAACCAGUGUUUCAACGAACCAGGCUUCUGGGAUGUCCAACUCAGCAUUGCUUUCCACUCUAACUGCGCUGCCCCCCACAGGAGUCGGAGUGAACGCGGCAAUGGCGGCGUACCAGAGCGCGUUACUGUCUGCUAUGGCUGCCCACACACACAGCUUCCCCAACAUCAGCGCACCAACGGAUCUGUCCUUGAAGACAUCAACCACAAGUCUCCACUCCACCUCGGCUCCGUCUAUCACCCACAGCUCACAGAAGCUGUUGCCCCACAAGUUGUCCGGCUCCGAGGCCGGUGCUGUCCGCCAGCUCAUCACCGGCUACCGCGAAUCAGCCGCGUUUCUACUGCGCUCUGCUGACGAGCUCGAGACACUCUUGAUGAACCAACCCUAGAGGACAACAAUCUACUUCGAUAUUGGACAUUUUGGAUAUUUUUAAUCACUUAUUGCUAGCGAUAUAGCAAAUUCUACCCGUUUAACGUUUGCACGGUCGUUUUUUUUAUGACAUUAAGGGACGAUACGAGCAGGGUGUUCAGCUGAUGGAAAUUGAUAUGCCCUGACCAUUACAAUACAGUGCCGCUCAGGAUUCUUGAAAAACCCAAAAUUACAGCAGCACUACAAUUGCGCUCGUCUCCUUGAGACAUAAGAUGUAGUCUCAUUUGGCCUGUAAAUUAAAAAAUAGGCAUCAUUGUGGUACCCAUUAUCUAACCGUGAUCCUGUACAAAGGAACCUCCCACUGGUAAAAUUGGACAUUUAGCAUAUUUUUAAUCAGCUAGCUAUAUUGGAAAUUGUACCCGUUUAACCUUAGCACGGUCGUUUUUCGUUUAUAUUAAAAUAAUUAUAUAUCGACUGCAACUUGAAUACUAGCGUCGAACACUCGCUGCCCCUGGUGCCAUAAAUCAUCGAUAACGUGUGUUACAUAGGGCAAACAAACAUUCGUGUAAUGAAUGAAUGAAUAAUGCUCAGAAAUGUUCUCAGGAUCAUUAUGCUACGCCUUAGGUUGUUUUGUGACGCGUCAUCAUAAUAUUAUUUUUGUUCUGGGCAGAUGAUAUUACUUAACAGUAGGUGUCUACUGGUCUGCACUCCGUUAUUUAUCCCCUAUAAAAUAAAUAACUUACACCACAUAAUAUAAUGCAUUGGAGGUACCGAGUGUUUGACAUUAGUAUAUUAGAUCAAUAUAAAUUUUAAUGACGGGUAAUUUUAAAAAUACAAUAACGCUAAGCAAGCGCCAUUUACAACUGUUUUUGUUGGAGACAAAAAAUAACUCUCUUUUUAAAAUUGUAUGUUGCAUAAUAAGAGACCUAUCCAUUAAAAGAAAUAACGAAAUAAACUUAAUCAUAGAAAUUUCAACACAAAAAGUAAAAUUAAAAUCAUUACGUCUAGUAGAGACCUUAAGAUAUAGAUAGCAAAGUGUUAUGUAUCUGACACACGAUCAAUACUGUAAAUGUCAAUUAUCCAAAGUGAUUUCCUACGAUUUAGGAAUAGUUGAUUGAAUUUGCCUAUUGAUACUUCUGUUCUUUACUUAAAUUUAUAUGUAUUUAUCGAAUUCAUGCAAUGAAAACCCUAUCAUAUAUAUUUAGUAGUUAAAUUGUGUUAAAAUAACGAUAUUCUCGUACAUACUCAGAUACGUUUGCGCGGUGAAAUCGAGAGAGUAAUGUCCUAACUUACAUUAUAUUUUAAGUUAUUGGAAAGUAAUUAAAAAAUAAUUUUCUUAUAAUCUGGCCUUAUCAAUGUUAUUAUUUUAUAGAUAUAUAUACCAAAUGAGUUCCGUGCAGCAAACUGACAUAUUGAAAUCCUGCUCUAAAAAUUAAAAUAAUAAACAUGUCAUAUUACUGUCAAUAUGCGUCCCAAUUAGGACGCUUUUGCGUCACACGAUGCGCGUAUUACACAAUAUCCGCUUCUUUAAUUAAUUAAUAAUAAUGUUUUAAAUUUAUCAGUAUCUAUAGUAAAUAUAGCAUCGUAAAUUCUGUAUGUUUACUAAGUAACAAGAUCCAGAAGUACCUACCAAUCAAAUAUUUCAUUUCAUUCAUCAUAUCAUUUUAUUACUCGCAUAUUAAAUCUUCGUUAUACAUCUCAUAGUCUCUACUAAACGUUACGGUUUUAUCAUUAUUAAUUAAACUGCCACGGACUAGUAAAAAAAGAAGGACUCCACGCCGUGAUAUUAGGUAAAGCACUGUUAUGCUAGUGUGUGUGCGGUUACGGGGAAUACUAGUUACACAAUGUCUUCUCCCUUAAAUAAUCAUAUAUGGCCACAAAUACUUAAAUAGUAUCGUUUUUACACUUUUUCACUACGCAUGACGGCAUUUUAAAAAUAUUUUAUUGAGACGCAAACUGAUCUGUCACAGACGAUGACAAUUCUCAUAAUGGCCCCGCCUAUCGGCCUGUAGUAGUGUAAGUGUGUGCGUGGGGCUAUGUAUGUACACGUUAAUCAGUUUGUUUUGGUGCUACACUGUUAUGUAAGGUGACACGGAGUCCUUAUUUCUUUACUAGUCCGUGGAAACUGCUUAAUAAAUAACUUUUGAUCAGUUUAUAUCCUGUUUGUAACCAGAAAUAUUAUUUAACACUCAUUCGCUAUUUAAUAAGCCAGCUAAAAGAUAAUGAAAUGAUUGAUUUAAACAAUUUUAAGUGUCGUGAUUAAGAAUAUCAUAACGUCAUGACAAAUAUAUUUGUUUUUACUAAGAGUGGCUGUAAAAGACUACCUUUAAGAUUGUUUUAAUACUUUUAAAUAUUCAUAUUGCGACAGUUGGCUUAUGCUGUUCUCAAACAAUUUUUUAUCUAUAUCUACUUGUUUAACGGCCCUUUUAGAGCCUGAAUGGGGCUGCCAUAAGAAUGGCUAGAAAUCUUAAACUAGAAAAAAAAAUGACAAGACGGAUCUUAAAGAACAUCUACGGUAUAGGCGGAAGCGUAUAAUUCAUGAGUUAAAUUAUUGUCGUAAUGAAAUAUUCUCCUAUUGCUAGCGGCAGACUGUCCAGAAUCAGGUAUCCGUUUUGUUAUUUUUUUAUUAGUCUAUGCUAGAAAUAUGGGUGUAUGCGUUUGGAUAAUUACGAAAAUACCUCAUUAAAAUUACAAUUGGAAUAAUUAUAUUUUAUAAUAAUUCGAACUUAUCGGCACUGAUGUAGGCUAUUAGAUAAUAUUAUCUAUUGUGUAAAUCUAAAUUCACAUGAAAGUCGAAAAUAUAAUGUUCAUUUUUACGAUGUUAAAUUAUUGACUGCAUAGGGUUGUAGAAAAAAUCUGUUAUGUGCAAAGAGAUAUAAUAUGUAGAGCGAACGACGAAAUUUUGUAUCAAUUUGGUUUUUUCGUGACUCAUUCAACCGAGAGCUAUAUUUGAUGAUAAAAGACCGUUCUAUGUACUUAAAUCUCUAUGGUUAUGUGCAAAAUUAUCGCGCAACUGAUAAUGGUUCGACUUAAAGGAACCGCACGAUACAGCUAUCGUUGGUUCAACAAAGAUUUUACUGUUUUAAAUUAAAUAUUCGAAUUCUGUUUUAAUGUUUUAUUUGAUGCGAGUUAAUUAGAUGCACGCAGAUAUUAAGAAAUAGUGCAAUAUAUACUUAUAAGAUGGCGUGAAAUUUUGGUGCGUCACGCUUAAAGCUACAAUAAGUCAUUUCAGGUCCCGUUAAUAAUAUUAUGAUAGCUUACAGCUUUUUAAUAAAUACGCUACAUACCUUGCUGUUUCUCUAUCUCAUUUAGAUUACGAGUUAUGGAUCCAACGGCGAUCGGAUUUGCCAUAAGAUACAAUGUUGCCAUUAGGAACUCGUCAAGAAGAGUACAAAAUUAUUUUGUGUAUAAUUAGAUUUAAGAAAAAAAUCAGGGAGUUUUAGCUUAGGUUUACGAAAGUUGGAUUUCUUGCCUGGUGCGUUAGAUUAGAGUAUUGGCUGACAUACCUCCACUAAUGUUUUGAAGUUAAAUUAAUUAUCGGAUUAGGUGUAUCAGAGUCUAAACAAUUUCUAGAUCUAUGGCAUUAUAGAUUUAAGGAGCACGAAUUUAGUUGUUGUUUUGUAUUAUAUUUAUCUCUAGUUGUAUCUAUGAAUAAUAUAUCCUUUUUCUAAUGGCAAAAUAUCGCUCCCUCCAGAAAUUUCAAUUCGAUAUUUAAUUUGCAGCACACUUCUUUUUAAUCUUUAAACUAUGGGCAUAGAUUAUAAACUGUCCUUAUUUUUUAUUUUUUUUUAAUAGUGUUGUAUAUUUUUUCUAAUAAUGGCUUUGCUCAGUUCAAUAAUAAUUGUAUUUGUAUUAUAGCGUCUUGUUACCAUAGAUGUUUAUGGCCAGAUAUUAGUUAUAGGUAUUUUAUUAAUGAUAAGUUUCAUUAUUUUAUAAAAAUUAUGUUAUUAUUUUAGGCAAAAUUUUAUUUUACUAACUUUUCGUUGUUUGAAUUAAGUAUUAAAGAGUUUUUCGGCCAGUUUUCUCGAAUGUUCUCUAUAGGAUAAUGAAAUAGUUUUUGUUAAGUUAAUCCAUGUACUUAAUAGAAUAACUCAGUAACAACGCUUGUUUUUAUUUGCUACCGGAUAGUAUGACGUCAGCAAUUACUAUUAUUUUUUUAUUAUUUUAAGAAAUCAUUUUUUUUAAAGUUAAGAAGCUAACUCGCACAUCUACGAUUUCUUUGGAUAUUUCAACUAGGGUUUUGCAAAUGUGUCUACUCUAAGAUAAUUUAUAAGUCUAGAUAGACUUUGACAGGUGAGAACACGGUAAAAUAGCGGUAAACUGUUAGCCUCUACUUUCAGCAACGCAUGCACACUAAGACAAAGUGACUGACGUAUCGCGAGUGUAAGAAAUAGCUGUCAUGCACACUACAGUAAUAAACCUUACCUGUUGUCAUGCGUUGCCUAACAGCAAGAUCUAGACGUAUAAAUUGUUUAAAGGUCUACUUAAUAUUAUGGUUUACUCUUGUUGAAACACAAAAAUUCUAAAAUCUAAUUAUUUUUUAAAUUGCUUUUUUAUUAUCUGGAUGACAUUCUGUCAUGUCAGUGUUUUAUUAGAAUAUGAUUUUGUCCUAGAAUUGUAAAAAGACAAUAUUAUUUCAUUCAAGUGACGUGGUUUCCCAAGUCAAGUCAUUAGUAUAUUAUGUUAUGACAAUUGCUGACGUCUUUAAUCAAUAUUAUAUAAUAGUUUUUAAAUAUUGCCAGUUUAUAAAAUAGCUAAGGACGCUUACAGCCAGUUUGAUAAAUUGUAAAUUCACUUUUGAAUAAAAUUGCCAAAGAAAUGAUUUAAGUAUGUUUGUUGAAUUGGUUUGUGUACAAUUCGUUCAUUCCGUUAUUUAUAAUAUUUGGUGCGUAGUUGAAUGUAGGAAUUGUAAAUUGGGUGUAAAAUUGAUUAGAGUUUAAUGAAGAUUAGAAAUAUAAUUUCAAACACUGGCACUACUGUAUUUAAAAAAAGAAAUCUAGCAUUGAAGUUAAUUAUAACAUUAUUUUAUAUAAUUUACGUUACGUGAAUGCAAGAAACGAUUUAAGAUUUUAGCCAAAGCAACCAUAGUUAGAAAAAAAAAUUCGUGCUAGUGUCAGUGUUUGAAGUUGUCAGUUUAAUGUCAAAGUGACGUGAAGCAACUAAAAUGGCGGUAAAAGUUGAGAAAAUGAAUUUGUUAAGAGUUAAAUAUAUUAUUAUAGAUGUAUAAAUGGUUUACGAUUAUGAUUAGUUCAAGAGAAUUAGUGCGACGGAGUUGAAAUUACAAAUUACACUGUUACUAAUAACGAUAUGAGAAUUUAGUUAUAAUUUUGCAAUUUCAAAAUGUGAGUUUUACAAUUUUGAAAAGAAAAUAUUAAAUAUGCUCAUAUACUGA